AUGAGCCCUCGUGCCAUCCUGAUCAUCAUGGGAGUCUUGAUCUUAAUCGUUCAAUGCGGUGAUCAGUUCUCGCAAGCGCCCUUGACGAGGAUCCAGGAGUCUAUCUACUGCUACCAGUAUUGGGAGAAAGAGGAUCCAACCAAGAUUCUCGUACCAAGAUCUGCUAUUGGACCAGGCGCACUUGGAGGUGUUGAAGAGCGAUUGUGCAAAAUUUCCGAGGUACAAGGAAAGGUUGCAAUGCUGAAAGGCACUCAACAAUUUCUUGACUGUGUUCCUAGUCUCAUUCUGUCGAUUCCAGUAGGCAUUUUAGCGGAUCGCUGGGGCAGAAGACCGAUCAUCGUGCUCGGUAUCUGCUCUUUCCCUAUUCAGAUGGUCUGGCAAUUAGUUGUUUGUAACCGGGCAGGUUGGUUCUGGCAAACAUUCGAUCUGCGAGUCGCUUGGUUCUCAUCGCUGGGCAAUCUUGCUGGUGGAGGCUCGCCGGUACUAUCAGCUUUGUUCUUCGUCAUCAUCUCAGACGUGACAACUCAAGAGACCAGAUCUGCAGUCUAUCUGCGAAUCUUCGCGGCCAACCUUUGUGCUAACCUCAUCUGCCCACCCAUAGCGGCCUGGAUCAUGACAUUCAACCCCUUGAUCGCGAUAUUCCUCGGCAUAGUCUGCUUCGCCAUCGGUUGUCCCAUGUGUCUGUUGAUCCCAGAGACGCUUGGGUAUCAGGACUCGAACUCCAAAGCCAGCGAAUUCCAGCAGAGCGAUGAGGAGAGACCGCCGCUAGCUUCGAAGAAAGACGCCAGAAACUUCCUGCAGCGAUGUUAUGAGCCUCUGAUCGAAUCGACUCAGUACUUCUUACAGGAUAAACGUGUGAUCUGCCUCAUCUUUACCUUCGUUCCAGUAAUGUUGACGACGACCGCUGUUCCCUUACUGCUACAAUACACGAGUACCCGCUACAGCAUGAGUUUCUCACAAGCAACUCUGUUGCUUACCGUCAAAGCUGGGGUAACGAUCGUCAUGUUCCUAGGCAUGCAAUCUUGGAUCUACAAACUCCUCGCCAAAUCAGGUCUGAGUGGACGAAAACGAGAUCUCUUCCUCGCACGUGGAAGUGCUUGCUUUAUGCUCCUCGGCAUUGUUGCCGUAGGCUUAUCUCCAAACGCAAUCCUCUUUACCAUCAGUCUGAUGAUUGCUACCCUUGGCGGUGGCUUUCCGGUGUAUCUGAGAUCUUUCUUGACUGAGUUGGUCAAGCCGAACAAGGUCGCAGAGCUGUAUACUGUGAUUGGUGUUGUUGAUACUCUGGCUCUUAUGGUUGGCGGUCCUCUGUUUGCUUGGCUGUUUGAGCGUGGCUUGCAGUUGGGAGGCGCAUUCGUUGGUCUGCCGUUCCUCGCGCUAGGAUUGAUCUAUGCUGCCGUCUUGGUCUUUUUGCUGAAGAUCGGUCAUUCUUCGAAGGAGAGCACGCUGGAGGAUAGUAGCAUAUCUGAUGAGUAA